GUUUAUAUAUGCUUCGUCUAAAGCAUUCGCCAAUAGGGUCGGCAUUUUCUUUUCCCUUUUUCGUUUUUUCUUUUUUGGUUAAGAGUCUCGGGCUUUUCACAUUGGCUUUUCUUCUGCCUACAGUUUCUGUAAACCGUUUCCAUUGACAUCAUUCAUCACCAACGUGAUCCUGAUAUUAGAGGUACAUAUUCUCAUAGUCAACUCUGAUCAAAAUGAGAAUUCUAAAAUGGCCGACCAAAUCCACCAUGAUCCAUAAAAAGCAGAAUAAAAAGACAAUAUAAGUGCACCUCCAAGCCUAUUCAUCUGUAAACCCAAACACCAUCACAACAACAUGAUGGAUAACCCGACUAAUUACAGUAAUGGCAAUCCUUACCUCCAGAUUGCUCCGGUGCAUUCUAAUGGAUACGGGCCAUCUAGCAGAAGACCGAUGAGUAGGAUAUGCGAUGCGUUGAGCAGGUGUGGGAAAAGGGUUGACGAUGUUACUAGAAAAGCUGAGGUUUUUGCUGAUAACGUCUGGCAUCAUUUGAAAGUUAGCUCCAGUUUCACUGAUGCAGCCAUGGCAAGGAUUUCUCAAGGGACAAAGGUACUCACUGAAGGAGGACAUGAUAAAGUAUUCCAGCAGGCAUUUGGGGUUUUGCCUGGAGAGAAGCUUUUAAAGGCUUAUGUUUGCUAUUUGUCAACUUCCUCUGGCCCUGUGAUUGGAACACUUUAUAUAUCCACUAAAAGAAUGGCGUUUUCUAGUGAUUAUCCCUUCUGGUAUUAUUCUUCUACUGGGCAGCAGCAGCGGAUGUAUUACAAGGUGGUGGUGCAGCUUGAUAAGUUAAGAACAGCAAACCCGUCUUCAAGCAGAAUCAACCCUUCUGAAAAAUACAUCCAAAUUGUGACAACAGAUGGUCAUGACUUCUGGUUUAUGGGAUUCGUAUCAUAUGACAAAGCACUCAAGCAAUUAACUGAGGCUUUACAGUGCUCUCGAGACUCUUCUGGGGAUAUCCCUCUUACUACUGUAUAAGGCAUGAAAUCCCCUUCUUUCUUCCUUUCAACUAAAUUGCUGAUAGUGUGCCAAAGUAAUGUUCAAUGACGUAAUGUAAUGUUAUAGUAAAAAUCCGUAUAUUGCUAUAAUAAAAUUAGGUGUGAUGUCAGCAAAGGUAAGAGGUAACAACAGUCUUAGUUUUUAGUAGGAGUUAAAAGGAUAGUGUUUAAAGGUUGUAAUAGUAGCUUUAGUCUUUACUGAUGUCUUAGGUGGGUCUUUAUAGGAGUGAUCAUAUCUGUCAUGGUCCUGAGAAUGAGGAGGGACGUGUUCCGGUUUUACAGGGGUACAUAGUGCCCUGUGGCUGCAAGGUUUUGUGUGUUGCCUAUUCUAUGUUUAUCGAAUUAGUUCCGAGUUUACUGAUAGAGGCGAGUUCAUAACUUGCUUGAGAAGGCGAGUCUCCAUCAAGGUGGAUGGUCAGAGAUUAAUAUACAAUUUUUGAGCUUUGAUCUUCUUGUAACUUUGCCUAUUACAGGGUUAUGCAAUACAAUGGUUUGAGUUUACUGAUAA